AAUAGCGGAGCGCGCGGAACUACUCAGUGCGUUUUCAUUGGACGGGAGAUUUCGCGGCAGUUCUGCAACGCGCAUGCGUCGUACUGUGUAAAUUCAGCGCGCGGGAUCCGGCCGGUAGACGCUUCUCCGACAUCUUUCUCCGUUCCGCUCAAGUCUUCGUUUCAACAGCUCAGACAUUGUUAUCGUCAAUUCGUACAAGCUGCUAUAAAGAUGUGGAAUCAGGGAGGAUACAGUGAAGGAAGCUCGAUUGGGUACAACCAGUCCCCAGGAGGCUUUGCGUCACCUUCAUUAUCCCAGGGAGGAGAAAAGAAAGGGAGAACACGUGCCACACAGCUUAUCCCAUGCACAGUAUCUCAGCUGAUGUCUGCUGUCCAGACUGAUGAGGCUUUCAGGAUUGGAGAGGUUGAAAUUUCCCAGGUUACUCUUGUGGGUGUUAUCAGGAGCACAGAAAAAUCCAUGACGAACAUCCAGUACAAGGUUGAUGACAUGACUUGUGCUCCUAUGGACGUUAAGCAGUGGGUGGACACAGAGGAUCCCAGUGUGGACAGUACUGUCGUGCCUCCAGGCACAUAUGUCAAAGUCUCUGGCAACCUUCGCUCCUUCCAGAAUCAUAAGUCUGUGGUGGCGUACAAUAUCAGGCCCCUGGAGGACAUGAACGAAAUCACCUCACACAUGCUUGAAGUGGUGCAAGCGCACAUGCAGCUCAGCAAACCACAGACUGUGGUGGGUGGUGGAGGAGAAAUGUCACGGUCUGGUGUUGGAAACAUGGGAGGAAUGGGAGGAGUAAGUGGGGGAUACUCUGGUGCAAACGACAUGGCUUACAAUGGGCUAAACCCAAAUCAGAAUCAGGUUCUGAGGUUGAUAAGGAGUUGUCCAGAUGCCCAGGGAAUCAGUAUUCAGGAUCUUAAACAGCGACUUAGUGGCAUGAGUCUGGCUGUCAUCAAGCAAGCGGUGGAGUUCCUAAGCAAUGAAGGACACAUUUUUUCCACCAUCGAUGAGGAUCACUUCAAAUCGACGGACAGUGAUGACUAGUCUAGUUCCCUUCCAGUUCCUGCUGUUAGCACUUACACACCAGUAAGUUACAUACAGGUGACCUCAACCAGAUCAAAUGUUCGUCACCAGAGUGAUGUUUUUUUUUACACAGGACUAACACUCCUCCGUCAUUUCCACCCAUAUGGUUGUGGUUGUUUGUUUAAUGGCGUGUUACAGAGGGGGUUGUGACUGUUGUUUCAAACAUCCUGUUUUACAUGGUUGCCUCUGCUAUCAAGGCCUCAUGACUUUGCUGUGAGAAACUUCUUUAUCAGUUGAAACCAUAAUUUCCUUUCUUCAUCAAAACAGAUUUUGUCAUUUUAAACCGUUCAUUAUAAAGUUCCUGGAUUCAUUUUGUUUCUCAUCUCUGUAACUUUUUUUUGCCAAAAUUAAAUUAGUUUUCA